UUUUAUUAUUAUUUUUCAACUUUUUUGCAGACUCUCACUUAUUUUCCUUACCAAAACCUCUGAUAUCUCUCUCACUUUCUUUGUUUUUGUAUCUGCAAUCUGCACUAUCUUUUUACUACUUUGGGAUAUGAAGAUGACCUUGCAACAGUUCCACAACAGCUCCUGUUUUCAUCACCAAGAAAAUAAUGGCUUUUCCAAGUACUACACCAUAUAUCAACCUCCUUCAAACUCAUCAAUGGAGGUCUUAAAACCCAUAGAGGGGUUUUCAUAUUGCUUGGAAGAUCAUUUCUCUAAAGGGUCUGAAAUGGGCGCAGUUUCCAUGAGUGUUGUGAGGGGAAGAAGUGAAUUUUUUCUCAAUGGGAAAGAUGUUGGGGUCUCAAAGAUUUGCUCUAGAGGGCAUUGGAAACCAGCUGAGGACUCUAAAUUGAAGGAACUUGUUACUUUAUAUGGUCCUCAAAACUGGAACCUUAUAGCUGAAAAGUUUCAAGGAAGAACAGGUAAAAGCUGUAGAUUAAGGUGGUUUAAUCACCUUGAUCCAAGGAUCAACAAAAAGGCUUUUACAGAAGAAGAAGAAGAAAGACUAAUGGCAGCUCAUAGAGCUUAUGGAAACAAAUGGGCAAUGAUUGCAAGACUUUUCCCUGGUAGAACUGAUAAUGCUGUUAAAAACCAUUGGCAUGUUAUAAUGUCGAGGAAAUAUAGAGAACAGGCUAGUGCUUAUAGGAGGAGAAAGCUAAGUCAAGCUGCCAUUGGCGACUUUACAGACUCCACUCAAAACCCAUAUUUAGCUUCAUUUGUUGGCCCUAAUGGAUCUUACAACAAGGGUUCAACUUCAAGGAAAGAAGAUGAAAUCAACGGUGGAGAUUUGUUUCUUGGGUCAAAAUCUAAAAGCUUCAAAGCUUGUGAAAACUCCACACCCUUGGAUUUCUUUUCUGAUUAUAGAAGCCAAGAAGGUUUAAUUAGCAGAAACAGCAGGCAAUGGAAAAUGGUUCAAGAAGAAACAAUGUUAAUGCAAGAAUCAUGUAACCAUUAUCAGCCAUCGGGUUUCUCAGACUCAAUGGCAUCUGCAUCUCAAGUCACAGUGACCGAACCAUCGUCGUCAUCAGUGAGCCAUUUAGAGACGACCAUUACGGCACCAUCAGCAGCAGCAGCAGCAGCAGCAGCAUCACCACCGUUUAUAGAUUUUCUUGGAGUAGGAGCUUAGUGAAAGAAGCACAGGGUUUUCUAAAGAAGGUAAAAUGAAUUAGAAACUGAAAAAAAGGAAGGGUCCAAAAACUAGCUCAGACUUGAUUGCAGGCAAAGAGAAAAGGAUCUUUGUUGUGUCAUCAGCAUCUUUGUCAAUGUAAACCAUUGUGUCACAAAAUCCAAAACUUGAAGCAGUGAAAACUAAUACCCUUUCUCAGUCUUCA